CUCCCUCUCAUUCGCUCAGCUACUCUCCUUGUUGAGGGUGUUCCAAUCUGCCUCAACAGUACAGAUCAGUCCAGCCCCGCUCUCUCAUAAGAGCAGCGCAUGCACGUACGCUCGCACACUCACACACCCAACACGCAGAGAUACAGACUCACAGGCACGCUCACACACACACAGACGCACACGCAGACAGGCACACCGAGCAGCUUAAUCGACCAGCUCCAAGACGCAGCCAGAGCCAGCUAAAAGACACAGCCCCGUAGCAGCAGACCAGCAUGGAUGCACUGAAGAAAGGAUUCUCAAUGGCCAAGGAGGGCGUCGUGGCAGCAGCGGAGAAGACCAAGGCAGGGGUGGAGGAGGCAGCUGCCAAAACUAAGGAGGGAGUCAUGUAUGUGGGGAACAAGACAAAGGACGGGAUGGUAGCAGGUGUGAACACAGUGGCCCAGAGAACGACUGACCAGGCCAAUAUUGUCGGGGACGCAACGGUCGCCGGGGCCAAUGAGCUGUCUCAGCAAACAGUGGAGGGGUUGGAGAAUGUGGCGGUGAACUCCGGAUUGGUGAACCAGGAACAGGGACAGGAAGAAGCUGUAACUGAGGUGGCUGGUUCUGGUUUGGAAGGGAGUGACUUCUCACAGGGAGCUGAGCAGGCCGGACAGUAGGAGUGUUGGUCCUGACCUCAGUGAUCAGCAGCGGCCUCCCUCGUCUUCU